UGAAAAUAAUUGUUAAGGAAGUAUUACAACUGAUGUCAACAUUAAAGUUAUUGUUUCUAAAACUGACCAUAAUCAUAAUGCCUGCCCAGUUGAAGUAGAGGUAAUAAAAUCAUUAUCAUCAAUGAAAAAAUAAUGCAAAAAAUAAUUCUGAACCCCCUUCUAUUAUAUUUUCCAAAGCCGUAAUAAAUUUAUCUAACGAAGCAACAUUGUUAAUGUCUGCAGAAAACAGCGUAAAAAAGAUUUUUAAGAAGAGUUAAAAAUGCAUCUUAUCCACCCUUAGACCAGUAUAUGAGUUGAAAGUUACUGGUAUAUGGGCAACAACAGGAGGUGAAAAUCCUCAGCCAUUUUUAUUAUACGACAAUGAAAAUAAUGAAAAUAGAAUUAUAAUUUUUUUAUCUCCUGAAAGUCUGCAAAUAUUAAAAACGUCAACGUAUUGGUACAUGGAUGGAACAUUUUCAACUGCGCCUACAGGCUUUAAUCAAGUUUAUAUUAUUCAUGGUAAAAUAGACUCAACAACAAUUCCUUUGGUGUAUAUACUUCUUCAAAAUAAAACAAAAACAAACUUAUACCGAAAUGCUUUCUAUUAUUUGUGAAAAAUGUCCAAAACGUGAAGUGGUACAAAUAACAAUAGACUUUGAAAAAGCUGUCAUUCUUGCAAUUGAAAAAGUACUACCAAAAGUAAAAGUUCACUGUUGCUAUUUUCACCUGUGUCAAUCAGUAUGGCGCAAAAUCCAAGAGUGUGGGCUAGUCAAAAAAUAUAAAGAAGACAAACAAUUUCAACGAGAUAUUGCAAUGAUAACUGGUCUUGCAUUUUUACCAGUCAAUUUGUCAAAAAAGGUAUGGAAAUUUUAUAUGAAAAAUUUCAUAACCAAGAUGCUGAUCAAAUUCUUACGUACUUUGAUACAACUUAUGUUAACGAUCGUUAUAGAAAUAAAAAAGACAUAGACUUAAAAUACAUACUUACAAGAAAACCACCGUUAUUUCCGCCUUCUAUAUGGAACUUGUUUGACUUAACUAAAGCUGAUAUAGG